AAGUCUAUAAAUAACAAUUUCAAUGCGAAAUGAAGCACAUCAUUAGAUGUAUAUAAUUUUAGAACUAUUGUAGGUGCUGGUGCUAGAGAAGUCUAGCAGCCGUGGUGACGUUUCUAUUUCCAGCACGCUCCAAUGUAUGUGUGUGUGUGUGUGGAGAGUGAGCUCUUUGCUGUGACAUGGUUAAUCAAUAUUCUUUCAGGGUCUAACUCGUUGAGAUCCAAGACAAAGUAUGGAGUUCCGAAGUGACAAUCAUUUUUUUUUUUUUGCGUAUUAGGCCUACAUCUUACUUUGUUUUGGUUCUAAAUAUAGUUUAGAACUAGCUGGUAUAAUAUGCUGUUAUUACAUUAUUGCUAGUGUACGUAUCAGUACGGACAUUUUUAACUGUCAUUUUCUCUCAGCUAAAGUUUAGAUAUUAUUAGACCCCGUAGACAGCUUGUUAUUCCAUAGAAUUCUCUCCAUGCUAGAGACGAGAGCGGUGGACUUCAUAAAGAGAGAUUACAAAUAUUCAAUCGAAUGGGGGGGAUUUAUUUUCAUCCGUUAUCAUUGUUUACUUUUCCCUAUAAAUUCACACAUCUGUUCGUUCAGUUUGUUAUAGGAUCAGUAUUCUGUUUAGUACAAGUGUAAAUGGUCCUUCUAAAGUCGAGCAUUCUGUCUAUUGUGUUAGUGGCAACACACACAUCUGGCAUCGAUCUCUUCGACUGAAUCUGGUGUCAGUGAUAGAACUAGAGAAAUGGCGACACUCAGGUUGAAUUUUUCCCAGGGAUAUAAUAUUUUUAACACCGGAAAGAAUAUUCAAAAGUUUAUUAAAUUCAUGGUUUGAAAAAACAAAUUGUCAAGAAACCUUUGUAUCCGAUGAAAAAGGAAUAGUUUGAUUGCUACAUUCUUGAGAUCAACAAAAUAAAUGUAUAUUUGAACAAGUAAAAAAAACGAAAGAGUUUCGAUCCAACUGAACAAAUUAUUGACUUAUCAACAAAAUGGCAAGUGCUCGAGUAUUCUUCAGCAAAAAGCGUAAAAACAGAAAUGGUUUUAUCAAUGAAGAAAUUCCUGUAGUGGAGAACGGCUAUGACGUCCAAGAGUCCGAUGAAGAUGAAGUGUUCGUACAAGAUCCGCACCUCGAAAUUUCUGCCUCCAAACCUUUGAUGCAUCCUCGCACUAAAAGUCAGAGAACAAAGGUGAAAACAAGGACAUCUGAAUGUCAAUUUUUUUCUCUUUUCAAACCUAUAUUUUACUUCGUUGCCUUGGUGAGCGUAUUGUGCGGUGUCAUGGCAACUAUUGUUUACAUCGCCAAUAAACACACAAGUAUAACAAACAGUGUCUUGGUAAAGCAAGGAGAAUCUUUACCUGGAGAUACUGUGAAAUCUGAAAGAGCAAUUUUAAUCGGCUGUGAUAAAUUGGAGGUUAGCGAUGUUUGGGUCGUGGGUAUUCCCAAGUUAUUAACUGAGUCUGCAUUUCGAUUAGUGGAUGUAAAUCAGGAUGGAGUAUUGGACGUCGUUUUAGGAUUUGCCACUGGUGCCGAUGGUUACGGAGUCAAGGAGAUUGUUUGCGACAUUUAUUUUGACGGCAACAAACCUUGUUAUGGGGGGCUAAUUGCGCUGGACGGCGCCACGGGAAAAGAAUUAUGGCGCCGUUACACAUUACACGAGAUUUACGGCCUCAAUUGUCAGUAUGACCUGAACAAAGAUGGCGUCAAAGAUUGUCUUUCCGCUGGACGUGCAGGGACUUUCCUGGCCAUCAGUUGUAAAGAUGGCGCGGUCCUGUGGGAACUAGGCAAAACGGAAGCGAUUAACCCAGUAAUGAACUUCUACACUCCUCAAUAUAUCAAUGAUAUCACUGGGGAUGACAUUCCUGAUAUUAUUUUGGUCCACGGCGGAGAUCCUUUACAAGAAGCAGGCAGUGCUCAUAGACUUUCAGGGAGACUUAUGUUGGUAAGUGGAAAAACAGGGGAAGUAGUAAUGUGGACAGGCGUCCCUGACAACCGUGAGUCUUACUACUCUCCUCAAAUUAUCUCCCAUCUCGAUGGAGUGCAGUUCUUGAUUUUCGGUACUGGAGGGGAAACACACAAUGGAUCACUGUGGAGACUGGAAGUUGAGAGCCUCAAGCAAGGACUUAGAGAUAGGUCAGUGAAAUUAUCGUCUGAUACACACAAAGGCUUUAUGACUCCACCAGCACUAGUAGACAUAACUCACGAUGGUAUUGAAGACAUCAUUGUACCUAUGUUCAACUCAACAAUAUUGGCACUAGAUGGAAAGACGUACAGACCAAUCUGGUCUUUGAGGUUUCCAAUGUCUGAAACAUACAGCACCCCAGCUGUUGGCUACUAUAAUGAAGAUGAUGUUCCAGACUUUUUGGUCAAGUUUGCCCAUGGUCCUGGCUAUCCACUGUAUUAUUAUUCUGAGACUACAGUCAUUGAUGGUAAAACAGGUAAAAGGCUAAUUGACCCUCCUCUACGAGAUACAAUUGGUUCCCAAUCCUCACCUUUAACAGUUGCAAUGGAGGGUUUAGGAAAUGAUGCAUUCAUUGUUUGGAUGGCUGAUUGUGCAGGACACGAAGGAGCGACCGAAGAGUUCAGUUUUGUGAAGGGUACAAAAGAUCAUGAAAAAAGUCGCUCUAACCUUUGUAGACUGAGGUUUAAAUCUAAUGGUUUCUCAAAGUUGGUAGCUAUUAGUAGAACAUUACCCAAAGGAGGAACUCCUAUUUAUAAUUCAGAACAAAGAAAGACAGUUGAGCACAGUAAAUGGGUUAACACCUCUGUUGAAGCAUAUGAGUACAUCAUAAAACAUUCUGAAAUAUUUAGUGCUGCUUCCGAAGCUUCUACUCAGUGGAAUGAUGCUGACAAUGGUGGAUACCAGUUUGCUGAAAGCCUCUACAAUCAACCAGAUUAUGUGAGUACUCACAGAACCAGUUCUAAAAAAGGUCCUGGAAUCACAUCCCCAAUAGUGAACAGAAAGAAAGCAAGCAAGCAAAACUACAAUUCCAGAACACAAUAUGUACCCAAGGGAAGCAACAAUGAUAAUUACAACCCAUCAUCAAGUUUUAAUCUCCAUCCAAAUAUGGCGGAUGAUGAAUACAGUCUGCCAUACAGAGACACAGAUACUUUUGGUAACAGAGGCUAUUACAAUCCACCCUAUGGUGCAUACUAUCCUGCCGAUGACAAGGCAGCUCAUUACAACCAGAGAUAUCCGCACGCCUACAGGUCAGUAAAUAAAAGAACCACCACAGGAAGUUAUCCCAAAAACAUGAUGAAAUUAAAAAGAAGUAUACAGUUGAUAAACAAGAGGCGUACCCGCCGCCAUGUUGGUCCACAUGAUGAUGAAGGUUUGCAGCGUCUCCUUUCAACUGGAACCUUGGCACCGACAACAUUUGCCCAGUCACAUUCUGAUUACAAUAGCACUAUUGAUAUCAUAUUUGCCACAUAUUGGUUCUUCCCUUCCAAGACGCAGGCUAUUCUACCCCAGGAUCAGAAAUGUAUAGCAGACAAAUUGGCUAAGGAGGGAGAAAUUCGACUUGACCCAGAGAGUUCCUAUUAUCAAAUGAACCAUGAUGAGUAUGAAGAGGCUGUGACUAUGGAGUGUUUGAAACUGUCUGACCAUCAAGUGUCAGAAGAAGGUGUUUAUACACAUUCAGAUGAUGAGUACAAUCCUUUAGAUUUAAAUAUGGGACAGAUGACAAUUUACAGAUUAAGAUUAAAGUUUAGCUGCUCACAAAGGGACAACAGUACAAAGACUAAAUAUAAAUGUGCUACUGUAUUGCCCUACACACAACAAAGAUGGGCAGGAUAUAUGGGCUCUAAUGGAGACAGUCACUGGCUACCACCCAUGCAUUGAAACUGUGAUCCAGUAGAUAAUGUUGAAGAUAUGUUCUUUUUUUUUUGGUAUGUGAAGUAAAACUUUACUAAUUAAAAUAUUGUUAUUUUUUUGCAUAUGAAGAUCAGCUGUGUUAUAAUUUAUUCAAUGGAGAAAAAAAUCAAAUAUAGAUUAAUUUAACUUGCUGCAGUCCAACUAUUCAGUUGAGCAAUGUUAUAAAUGGUAUUUUCUUUUUGUUGGACGAAUUGGUGUAUGACACAUUCACAUUAGAUUUACAUUGUUUUUGUAUGGCUUAUUUACAAGGUUUUAGACUGUUCAGAUUUAUCAACAACAGACCUUAGGCUAAGAAUAGACAUUGUAUUUAUUUAAAUUUCCUUAUUUAUUACAAAAAUAAUUCUAAAUAGUAAUGAAUAUAUUGGAACUAUUCCAAAUGUUUUAAAAUUGUAGGUUAUCAUUCUUAAAGUUGAGACAAUACUAAAUACUUAUAUUAUAUGGUUGUUGGGUUACCACAGACUUCUAUACUUUAAGAAGAGUGCAAAAGGAAAAUAAGUCUUAAAAAAAAAAGCAAAACAGAAACAAUGUUAGACAAAGUAGAUUUUUUAAAAAUAGGAUUACUAUAUAUUUGUUGAAGCAUGUCAGUUUAUUGUAGGCAGUAGAAUUUCAUGCCUACAGCUCAUGUCUGAUAUAAAGCAACUUCUUGCAGAGUUCAUCAUUUAUGCAAAUAAACAUUUUGAACUGUAUGCACAACAUUUUCUUAAAAUUGUACUUUGUGAGAAAAAUGCUUCUCAGAGUCAAUAGAAUUCUUUUUAUUUCUUUUCUACCAAGCACUUGCAUGAAACCCAGAAAUUGGAAAAUAAAUUAAAGCUAAAGAUCAUGAGUAGCUCUGAGUAACAAGUUUCUUAUAAAAAACUUUGAAUAUACAAACAUAUGUUCAAGAAUAAGGUUGACACUAAACUUAUCAUCUUUCUGCUAUUUCUGAGUCAGUUUGUAUGUGUAAAUCAGAAGAUUUAAAGGAUUGAAUUCAAAUAAGUGCUAAAAUUAUAUCCCAGUAAACAACAAAAUGAAAGCUGGACCAUGUCGGAUUUUAGAUCUAUGUUUGCUGAAUGGAGGACAUGACCAAUGUUUGCUGAAUGGAGGACAUGACCAAUGUUUGCUGAAUGGAGGACAUGACCAAUGUUUGCUGAAUGGAGGACAUGACCAAUGUUUGCUGAAUGGAGGACAUGACCAAUGUUUGCUGAAUGGAGGACAUGACCAAUGUUUGCUGAAUGGAGGACAUGAUCAAUGUUUGCUGAAUGGAGGACAUGACCAAUGCUUGCUGAAUGGAGGACAUGACCAAUGUUUGCUGAAUGGAGGACACUAUCAAUGCUUGCUAAAUGGAGGACAUAACCAUUGCUUGCUUAAAGGAGGACAUGAUACCUUUCCGAUAUCAGGUAACCAUAAAUUUGGAUUUUGUAAUUAGCCAGUAAUAUAUACUUUGAUCAUGUGGAGUGAAUCAUUUCCCUCUGUCCAUAUCCUUGGGUUAUUGCUGCUUUUAUGUGUUGAUACGAAAAAUAUGUGAGAGAUAUGUGUGCAAUUUUUUUUUUUCAUUUUGCAGCUCUUGUUGGAUUUUUCUAGCAUUUUUUUCUUUAAUUAUUCUAAAAUGUAUAUACUGUAUCGGUGAUUAAAUCCUGUAUUGUGACAGUUACGUGUUAUGUUAUUUAUUUGUUAUUUAUUCCGUUUACUAAUUAUCACCUUGUCAGAGAUUUUUUUACAGAAAAAUUUGUAACUUAACUUUUAUAUAGUGGGAAUAUUUUUUGAUUGUCACAUAAUUUUUUUUGUAAAUGAAAUCACUUACCAUAAAGGAUUCAAAUUGCGUUAAUAUGUGCUAAACUUCUGCAAUUGAUUACAAAUUUCAUUAACAUCUCAAUGUUAAAUUAAUUUUUAUGAUAUUCAAAUUUAAUCAUUUCUGUUAUAAUCAUCAGUUUUCAUCUUGUAGAAAAACUAAAGCAAAAAUAUACAUUUGACACUAAAUUAAUAAGUAAAUUGUUAGACCUGGGGUAAUAAAAAAAAAUUUACAUGGAAUUCCUAUUUGUCAAAAAACACAUUUUUUUAUUUUUUAUAAACUCAAACAUUUCAAUAUGCCAGCUAUAUUUAAUGCAUACAUAUGACUUAUUGUAUUACUAACAUUUUAAAACUUAUGUAAAACUUGUGUAAUAUAUUUGAAUAAAUAGAAUAAUUUCUGCUGCAAAUACAGUGGAAAAAAAAAAAAGUAAUUUUAAGAUUUACCUUGCAAAACAAGAAAAACAAAAAUACAAUUUCAAUUAUCAAUUUUCAAAUAUCAAUUAUUUUGGAUCAGUCAUGUGAUGAAAUUUAUUUUUAAUAGAUCUAGACAAACAAUAAUAAAUCUGUGCGAUAGAAAUAUUUUUAUCCAUUGUUUUUGUUUAGUGAAAUUUCAUUCUUUGAACUUCCUCAAUGUCCUAAUGCUCUGAUCCUAACACUUGUCUGGACCAUUUGGGAAAGAGGGGAGGAAAGAAGGGGGUGUCUGGGUGAAUGUUACUGUGAUUGCUUUUUAAAUGCAUAAAAAAAUUGUUUACUCAUGUUUCAAGCUUCCUCUAGGGGACUAGUUCAACAUAUCAGCACAUCUGUUCAGUAUGAUUUCUUUCCCUUGUUUGAUACCAAACAAAAUACUUAAUUACCAAUAGCUAAAAAAUUAAUUGUUUUUUAUUUGAUUCUUGUUUUGUGAUGUGCAAGAAAUAAUAGUGCGAAGUUUCUACUUGAACAGAGAUUGGGUUUUGAAGAAAUAUGUACAGACUUUUUACCAGACAGAGUGAUUUGGUAUAAGCUUUGAAUUGGAUUGAUUUUCUUACAUCUUCCUUAAGGCUUGAAAAUACACAUUCACAAGAACUAGAACACUAAUAUUCAAAAACAUUAAGUUUCCUACUUUUUUUUCUCAGCAUGCUAAUUUUCUUUCUGCUUAUUUCAAGGAAGUGUCAAAAUCUUUAAAUUGUAAUAUUUCAUUCCUAUUUAUGUAUUUGUAUCAAGUGAAUGUGCCAUAACAAACUUUACAUAUCUAUGUAACCCAAAUGGGCCUACUUGAAAUGAUCCAUACAUUGUUGUUGUUUUUGUCUGUGUACAUACAUUAAUUAAAGCAUAAUAGGAUUAAGACUUUAUGUUAAUUGUUUGGAAAUUAUGAGAUGUCAUUAUUCUCUACCUCUUUGAAAUCAAAGUAUCUGACACAUAAAGAAGUGACUAGCAGCCCAGUUAUAUUUCAUAUUGUAGAAUAAAUUAUAAAUUGGCCAAACUAAAACAUACAUAAUUAAGGAUGAUUUAUGCUGAAAUGUAAUAUUUGUUUGGGUGGUGGAGACUUUUUUGUAUAUUUUUUUUAUUGUUGAUGUUUUCAAAUUAUAUUUUUAAAUAUGUUUUUAUUUCAAUCAUGCAUUAUACCUAUACCCUCCAAUAUUGACAUUGUCAUUAUGGUUUCACAAAAUAUAAAGCAACGCUAUGGCACCCCUGUAAUAAUGUUGUACAAUGGGUACCCAGUCACAUAGGUGUGACUGGCAACACCAUUGCUGACUCCUUGGCCCACCAGGGAGGGCUAACACCACCUACCGAGCAGGCUUUGAGUUUUUAUCCAGAGCAAUAAAAAAAAAUAGAAAGGAAAAAGUGGUUUGAGUGUUGGGAUAAAUCCCAAAAAGCCUGCGGAGCACAUGAGGGCCCCCAUGGUGGAGGCUGUCCAGGUCUAAGCAAGCCACUGUCCUGUUUGGGAAACCACAAAUUCUCGACCUGUAUGGUAACAUGUAAGCAUACACAAAACAGCAGGGUUUCUGUCCAGGGCUUUUGCAAAGGAGGAUUUGAACUUCUCAAGCCCUCACUCAAAUGGAGUUUGAUGAUGAUGAUGAUGACUUAUUUAUCAAGUUUUCUUGAAAUGUAAAACAUCUAUCUCAAUUUUUAAAAGCCAAGAGCAAGCAACUGUAAUAUUUUGUUUAUGUUGGUGUCAAAUGUGUUCAACUUUUGUUUGAUAUAGCAACACAGUUUAUUGUAUAUAUCUGUAUUAUAUUGAACAUUUUAAAUGUUUAUACAUAUUUAGUUUAUUUGAGUAAAUUCAACUUUUUUUUUCAGAAACUUGUGACUUCUUUUGUUAUUUGCUUAUUUGUGUAUAUAAAUUGUAUUUAAAAUGCAUACUAUAAUCUAGUCAUGUUUCAUGUUGAUGUAUGGUUCAUAAUCUAGUCAUGUUUCAUGUUGAUGUAUGGUUCAUAAUCUAGUCAUGUUUCAUGUUGAUGUAUGGUUCAUAAUCUAGUCAUGUUUCAUGUUGAUGUAUGGUUCAUAAUCUAGUCAUGUUUCAUGUUGAUGUAUGGUUCAUAAUCUAGUCAUGUUUCAUGUUGAUGUAUGGUUCAUAAUCUAGUCAUGUUUCAUGUUGAUGUAUGGUUCAUAAUCUAGUCAUGUUUCAUGUUGAUGUAUGGUUCAUAAUCUAGUCAUGUUUCAUGUUGAUGUAUGGUUCAUAAUCUAGUCAUGUUUCAUGUUGAUGUAUGGUUCAUAAUCUAGUCAUGUUUCAUGUUGAUGUAUGGUUCAUAAUCUAGUCAUGUUUCAUGUUGAUGUAUGGUUCAUAAUCUAGUCAUGUUUCAUGUUGAUGUAUGGUUCAUAACCUGUCAUGUUUCAUGUUGAUGUAUGGUUCAUAACCUGUCAUGUUUCAUGUUGAUGUAUGGUUCAUAACCUGUCAUGUUUCAUGUUGAUGUAUGGUUCAUAAUCUAGUCAUGUUUCAUGUUGAUGUAUGGUUCAUAAUCUAGUCAUGUUUCAUGUUGAUGUAUGGUUCAUAAUCUAGUCAUGUUUCAUGUUGAUGUAUGGUUCAUAAUCUAGUCAUGUUUCAUGUUGAUGUAUGGUUCAUAAUCUAGUCAUGUUUCAUGUUGAUGUAUGGUUCAUAAUCUAGUCAUGUUUCAUGUUGAUGUAUGGUUCAUAACCUGUCAUGUUUCAUGUUGAUGUAUGGUUCAUAACCUGUCAUGUUUCAUGUUGAUGUAUGGUUCAUAACCUGUCAUGUUUCAUGUUGAUGUAUGGUUCAUAAUCUAGUCAUGUUUCAUGUUGAUGUAUGGUUCAUAAUCUAGUCAUGUUUCAUGUUGAUGUAUGGUUCAUAAUCUAGUCAUGUUUCAUGUUGAUGUAUGGUUCAUAACCUAGUCAUGUUUCAUGUUGAUGUAUGGUUCAUAACCUAGUCAUGUUUCAUGUUGAUGUAUGGUUCAAACUAUUUCUUGUUAACCAUUGUCUGGUCCUAGCUUUGUGCAGUGAAUUGAUCUAAUAAAUACUUGUAUGCGAUGAA